GUUCACGUCCGCACAAGUAUGCUCCUCCUCCUCCUCCUGAUCAGAUGGAGCUGCUGCUGCAGUAAGCAUAAGGGAAGUUGAAUGGCUGGGAACUUUUAACAGAUCUGAAAGGACGUUGGGGGAGCUACAACAUGGUGCUGAACCCAGUAAUAUCUAAGUUAGGAGGCAAGCUGGUUGUACUGGCAAGCGCUUCUCCGAGACGCCGUGAGAUCCUGACCAACGUGGGAUUGCGGUUUGAGGUGGUCCCUUCGUGGUUUAAGGAAACCCUGGACAAGUCGUUGUUCAAAGCUCCUUAUGAAUAUGCUGUGGAGACGGCAAAGCAGAAAGCGCUGGAGGUGGCGAGACGAAUGCAGUUUAAACACCUCAAAACUCCAGAUAUUGUGAUUGGUGCAGAUACAGUUGUGACAGUUGACGGCUGCAUCCUGGAGAAGCCAGUGGAUAAGCAAGAUGCCUACAGGAUGCUUUCCAGGCUAAGCGGUAAAGAGCACAGCGUGUAUACAGGAGUUGUAAUAAUUCACUGCAACAGUGAGUCAGGUGAAGAAGUGGAAUACGAUAUUGUUGAUUUUUAUGAAGAAACUAAAGUUAGGUUUGCAGAGCUAUCAGAAGAGAUGCUAUGGGAGUACAUUCAUAGUGGUGAGCCAAUGGACAAAGCAGGAGGCUAUGGGAUCCAAGCUCUAGGUGGGAUGCUGGUGGAAUAUGUGCACGGGGACUUUCUGAACGUCGUCGGGUUCCCUCUGAAUCAUUUCUGCAAGACGCUGGGAGAGAUCUACAACCCCCCUUCCAAAAACGAAGUCAAACGUGUCAAGUAUGACUCCAUCCCCAGUGUGGAAACAUUCGAAAGCCCGGGCGACCUUGAGAAUGGACUUCUGGCAUGCGAGGGGGAAAGAGAAGCCGAAGAACCUGAUCAGAAGGAAGCCGGUCCUGCAGAUUCAAUCAAGGAUGGCGGCAAAAGUGAAAAUGAGUCGCGAUCUUCUGCUUCACCACAGUGGGGAUCAGUAGCCCCUACAGGGGCUCAGGGUCAGACUGGCUGGAAGCCUGUGUUCCCUCACAGGAUUGCAAAUCUGUUGGAUGGAUUCAAAGCCUCAAAGGUCUUAUUUGCAGCAUCCAAGCUGAAAGUGUUUGACUUGCUAUCCCAUCCAGAAGGCUUGAGAGUUGCAGAGGUUGCUGAGAAAAUUCCAGCCUCUGUUGUUGGCACAGAGCGCUUGCUUGAUGCCGCCGUUUCACUGGGCUUGCUGGAAAAAUCUCGACAGGGAGAUUCCGUAGUAUUUAAAAAUACAGAAGAAGCAAGCCGGUACCUUGUGUCCACCAGUGAGUAUUCUCUCCAUGGGUAUAUCAUGCACUGUAACGAUCAUGUCUGGCCGUUGUUUGGACACCUGGAACAUGCUAUCCGGGAAGGAACCAGCCAAAAUGAGCGAGCCUUUGGGAAGAAAUCUGACCGUCUCUUCGAGGUGAGAGGCUACCUUCUGAGCAGUGGGGGAGAGUUUUGCUUCAGCAGAAAAAAGCUUUGCCUUCUAAUCUGUUUUUUUUUAUGCAUAGUUGAUUUUGAUGUUAAUGUCAUAACAGGUGAUUUUUUCAAAGAUGAUCUCCCAAAGGCAGACCUGUACAUCCUUGCCAGAAUUCUGCAUGACUUGCCAGAGGAAAAAAUACACAUCUUGUUGAGCAAGCUGUCAAAAAUGUGUACGCCAGGCUGUGGGCUGCUGGUAGCUGAAAUCUUCCUGGAUGAAGAAAGGAAAGUCCCCUGCAGAGCUCUUCUGCAGGCUCUUGGCAUGUGUGAGGGCAGCCAGAGAAGUGCACCCGACUACAGCCAGUUACUGAAGACGUAUGGCUUCACUGAAGUGCACGUCAAACACACAGGAAACUUUCUCGAUGCAAUCCUCUGUGUAAAGCAGUAACCUGCUGCGACCAUUUCAGGUGGCUCCGAGUGGAAUAUCUUUAGAAUGUGGAAGACCUUUUAUCUACUUUCUUGAAAAGAAAUGUUUACCUCUCUUCAUGAACAUGAUGUUGUCACCAUACUUUCAUAAAUCUGGAAUAAAAUAAUAUUAACAUUUAAGCUCUUCUAGUGAUCUGUUAUUUUACAAAUAUUUCAAUGUGCAGACUACUGGAAAGAAUAACAUACAUAGGUACAUAAGAGCAGUGAGAGGAGAGACUAUUCAGCCUGUUUAGUUGCUUGCUGGUAAAUUCGGAUUAAAUAUACAGACAUUUCUUGAUGUUCAAUACCACGAAUGGGUAGCUUGUUCCCUAAUAACAUUUUGUGAUCCCUUUCAGUAUAGAGCCUUCUUUAAGCUUAGAAUGUAUGUGCCUGCACAUUUUAACAUUAAAGGCCAUUCCUUGAUUUAAAUUCUUCAAUUAAAAAUAUAUAUCCAAGAAUGUUAGUCAGAACCUUCACAUAAACACAUGCAUAGAAUUUUCAAAUCAAGGAUUGCAAUGUUAAAAUUGUUCUUUGCGCCAUUAAGAUCUCGUGUAGAAUUCUGUAUUAAGUUGUCACCUUGAUAUGAAAAGAUUUUGCUUCAUUGGAAUCUAUUCACAGAAAGGCAACCUGAUACAUUUCCAGGCUCAAAGCAAUGUCCUUCACUGUAAAGAUAAAAAUGAAAUCUUUUUAGUCUUGUACUGAGAAGACUGUGAUGGGAUAGGCUUCAAAAUCCUCAAACACGGUGAUAAAGUUAAUCCAAUGGCCUUCUUAAUUUGCAGGAUCUGCUGCACUACUGGCAGAGGCAGAUUUGGAUGAGGGAACUCCACAUACCAGCAGAGCUUUUUUGCAGUCCUUGAAUAUGCUGGUUCACACUGAGGGAAGGGAAAAGACCACACUGCAGUAUAAAAAUGUGUUACAAAAUUACGGCUUUGUGGUUGUGCAGGUCAACCACACUGGGAACUUUCUGGAUGCUAUUUUGUUAUUCAAAAAAUAAAUCAUUUGUUGAAGACGC